AUGCCGCCGCCCGCAACUGAGUCGAAACGAACGCAAGACGACCGAUAUGACGAUAGACCGCCUGAAGACGACCUACCUAUAGAGGUCCAAGCACGGCUACAGCGAUUGCAGAAGGAAGCACAGGCUCAGGCACGUCUGAAGGAAGAGCUGGAGACUCGGGCACGCUUGAAGGAGGAAGCAGAAGCUCGGACACGCAUAGAGAAAGAAAUGGAGACACAAGAACUCUUGAAGAAAGAACAGGAGAACCAGGCACGCCUAAAGAAGGAAGCAGAAGCCGUACCGGAGCCUAUACAACCCCCAAAGCCCGAACGAAGACAAGAAAAGCCAAUCGUGACUUCGAAGACAAGCGAAGUUGUGGACAAUGUGACUCGUGUUCCUGAUGAAGAGCUACCGUCUCAUCGAGAGCGACAACGAUGGGACCUUUCGAAACGCUUUCUAGGCGCUAUGGAUGAACUGCUGCCCAAAUUAGCGCUCGUCACCCAGAAAGUCAACACAUACACCGGAACAGACUACUCAGCGAUCGAGGCUUUGAGAAUGGAAAUCAAGGAUCAAGAGAAACUCGUCAAAGCUCGUCGCCUCGCAAUUGAAACCUCCAAGGAAGCUCUCGAUGACGCGCAAGCCCAGCAGGCCGCUUCCCAGAAAGAAGUAGUUGCUCUCCUCGAACGCAAACACUCUUGGUCUUCUGGAGAUCUCGAACGAUACAUGUCCCUUAUCCGCUCGGAACACAUUAAUGAUCGUGCAGUGCGGAAAGCCAAAGAGGCAGUCGCGGCUGCCGAAGAUGCGCUGGAAGAGGCAAGGCGUCGACUAGAGAAAAGAGAGAGGGCACAAUAUCACGAGGAGCAGAUCUGGAGCGACACCAUCAGAAGAAACAGCACAUGGGUUACGUUUGGGCUUAUGGGCGUGAAUAUCUUCUUGCUGCUUUUGAGUCUGGUCAUCCUCGAGCCAUGGAGGAGAAGGCGAAUGGUUAGGGAGAUCAAGAGCACACUGGAAGCACAAAAGACCGCUGUCGAACCUUCUACUGCUUCGCUCGUAGCAUCGCCAACCGCCGCAUCAGACGACAAGGCAGAUUCCACCGUUGAGCCCACGGAGACUACGACAACCGGACUAAUCGCCGAACAACCUUCAACCACGGUCACAGAAAAGCCGACUUCCCAAGGGUCCAGUCUAUUCGCUGACGCUAUCCCUGAGAGCAUUGCAGACCUGACACCAGACGUUGUAACCCCAGAGGUCACCUCCGUAACUCCAGACGAAGCCGAGGCUCUUCCACAAGAAAUCAUUGAGAUCACUGAACAAGCGCCAACUAGCGAGGCUAUACAUGGCAAGCCCGAGGGGUGGCAAGAAAGAGUCACUGCCGUAGCUCAGGACAUCAUCAGCGAACGCGCAAUCUCGAUGCGGAGAAUCGACUUCACGACUGCUAUUCUCCAGAGCGCGGCGGCGGGAGCAGUUGUUGCGGCAGCGUUGAUUGCCAUGCUGAAGCCGUAUUGA